CACAUUCUAUCUAUUUUUCUCCUUUUCUCCCCAACUUCAGCUGUAUACACACAAUUUAACCAAACGGAGAGUAUAAUUUGGCGAUAAACGGAUUGAAGCCAGGAUGAUGUCCGGCAAUUAUACCUCCAUCGACAAUCAAAAUGUCUCCGGAUCUGUUCCGGCAGUUGGCGAUCCGCCUUCCCAUGUUGCCGUGAAAUUUACUGAUUCGAAUCUGCAGACAUUUCCGCCGACGGGAGGUCAAGGGAAGAUCUCUGGGGCCGCACGACCCCCUCGAGAUGCCGACGAUACAUUUGGGAAACCUAAUUCUGGUUCUGAGGAGCCCCAGCAAAGUGGUUGGUUUCGAUCCUUCACAAUUGCUGCAUACAGACCUUAUUUUGAUGUUGACACGUCUGAUGUUCUAGAGAGGAUAAAAGAUUCCCUCUUUCCUUUCAGAGGAACCUUCUCCGAGAAGACUGCUAACAACCCAGAUUUGUACGGGCCCUUUUGGAUCUGCACUACGCUGAUAUUUGUGGCGGCUUCCAUUGGUACAUUUGUUACCUAUUUAGCACACAAACUGCAAAAGAAGGAAUGGGACUAUGAUAUCAAUUUGAUGACUUGGUCUGCUGGUUUGUUCUAUGGUUAUGUCACCAUAGUGCCUCUUGGCUUGUAUAUAAUCCUCAAAUACUUCUCUGCUCCAGCUGGCUUUGUUCAGCUACUUUGUCUGUAUGGCUACUCGCUGUUUGUAUUCGUUCCUGCUUUGUGUUUAUCUGUUGUUCCUCAGGAAAUCUUUAGAUGGGUUAUUGCUGGUGUAGCUGGCUUCAUGUCUGCUACAUUUGUUGCCCUCAACCUCAAAAACCACAUUAGUUCUGCCGGUGAAAGUUGGUUCCUGAUCGUAGCUGCUAUCUUCUUGUUGCAGUUGGCUCUUGCUUUGGUGCUCAAAUUCUACUUGUUCACUGUCACUGUAUAACCACAACUACGAUCUCAAGUGCCUGCAACAUGUUAUAGACCGCGCUUGUGAGAGACAAAGAUAGGGGUGGGGGGAAGGGGAUUUAGUGGUGAUUCCAUUCCUUUGCAAACCUAUAUGCAUACACUGUAUUCGUUCAUUUUUGACAGUGUUAUGGUUUUAAAUCAUGUGCUCUUUCUCCACACCCUUUGAUGGAUCAAAAUGUGAAUACUGAGAUAUAUAGCAUUAUUUUGGAUCAGCUUUA